AUGACCGAUCCUGAAAGCAAGUCAACCGUCACGGAGUCUUUAAAGCCUGAAGAGGAGGAUGUGCCCCCCGCUUCGCCUGAUGUUCAUUUUGAACCAAUUAUUAAGCUAGACGAAGUGGAGGUUAAAACGCUUGAAGAGGAUGAGGACGUACUGUUCAAAAUGCGCGCUAAGCUAUUUCGAUUUGACAAACCCCUGAAAGAAUGGAAAGAACGUGGCACUGGCGAUGUUCGUUUUCUUCAGCAUAAAGAAACAAAAAAGCUUUCUCCAAAUGUUGGUUCCGAUCGUUCGUGGGUAUGGAAUGUUGCUGCUGAUAUUUCUGAUGGUGAAUCAAAACCGGAGACUUUAGCAAUCCGAUUUGCUAAUACAGAAA